GAUACGCCAACUCCGUUUACCUAUCGUGUAUCUGACAGCAAAUCCUGCCUGGAGUUCCCCAGUGCUGAUGGUGAAUAGCUCCUGCUGCGGAACAGGCGGAGGAGAAGCCGCAGAAGGAGACAGUAGUGGCAGAGGAGUGAUUAUUCGGAGUUAUAUUUGCCCGAUUUAGCAGUAUUACGUGUAUCAUCGGGUCUUUACAAACCCCACAAGGGAAGGGAAGGGAAAAUAAGGAAAGAUGGCGGCCGCGGCCUCGCCGGGCUCCGGCUCGUCCACCUCCUCAGACUGGAUUGUACUGAGGGACGGUUGCCUGCGUUGCGACGAGGAGGGCCUGCGAAGCCUUUCCUACCACCCGGCCCUCAAUGCUAUAUUGGCUGUUACCAGCCGCGGCAGCAUCAAAGUAAUUGACGGCACUUCGGGGUCCAUUCUCCAGGCUUCAGCGUUGCACGCUAAACCUGGCGGUCGUGUCAGGUGUCAGUACUUUCCCGUAGUGGACAAGGUGCUUUUUGUGGAUGACUAUGCAGUGGGAUGCAGGAAGGACCUGAAUGGCAUCCUGCUCCUGGACACAGCCCUCCAGCCUCCAGUGGCCAAGCCUGAGGAUAUGGUUCAGCUGGAGCUGCCGGUUACAGAGGCACAGCAGAUGCUGUCAGCUUGUCAGGAAAAGAUUGACGUGUCCAACACAGAGGGCUACGAACUCUUCAUCAGCCAGCUCAAAGAAGGCCUGAAGAAAACCUCACAUGAGACAGCAGCCAAUCACAAAGUGGCCAAGUGGGCGACGGUGACCUUCCAUCUUCCCCACCAUGUGCUGAAGCUGGUGGCCAGCGCCAUUGUCACUGAGCUGAAGAAGAUUAACCAGAACAUAGCUGCCUUGUCUGUGGCCUCAUCCAUCAUGGACAGGCUCUCCUACCUCUUGUCGAGCGCCAGGCCUGAGCUUGGGGUGGGCCCUGGGCGUUCUGUAGAUAGAUCUUUGAUGUACAGUGAGGCCAACAGGAGAGAGACAUUUACAUCGUGGCCUCACGCUGGGUACAGGUGGGCUCAGCCUGAUCCAAUGGCUCAAGCAGGGUUUUACCACCAGCCUGCAUCAACAGGGGACGAUAGAGCCAUGUGUUUCACCUGCAGUGUGUGUCUAGUCUGUUGGGAACCUACAGAUGAGCCGUGGUCGGAACACGAGCGCCAUUCUCCCAAUUGUCCAUUUGUGAAGGGCGAGCACACACAGAAUGUCCCCCUCUCAGUAACACUGGCGACCAGCCCCGCCCAGUUUCCAAACAGCCCCGACAGCUCGGACAAGAUUGCCUGCUAUGGCUUCGGCAGCUGCCCACAGUUCCUCGCUGUUGCUACCAAGAGGGGCAAGAUGUGCGUCUGGGAUGUCUCCAAAAUGAUGAAGGUGCACUUGAAGUUUGACUUAAACCCAUACGACCCGGUCAUCCUGAGGCAGCUGAUCCUGUGCGGCAGUGAGCAGGGCCAGCAGACGCCGAGUGAGUCCCGGAGACCAGGUCUGGCCUGGCUAGAGGAGUCAUCUUCAUGCUCUGACCUACCCAAGCUAGAGGGGGACAGUGAUGACCAGUUGGAGGAUUCAGACAGUGAUGAGCAUUCCCGAUCAGAGUCGGUAACAGGCCAGCCAUCUCAAUGGGAGAGCAUGGAUGUGAGCCUCGGGGUGACAGCGCUGAGUGUGCUCCAGCAGCCAGAGAAGCUCCAGUGGGAGGUGGUGGCCAGUGUGCUGGAAGACACAGUGAAGGACUUAGAGGAGCUGGGUGCCAACCCCUCACUAAACCAAGCCAAGGCCCACAGUCAGGCCAAGGCAAAGGACAAGGUCUCUGACCACCACCACAUUCCCCUGCCCGGUCUGCUGGCCGGAGGCCUGCUCAGCUAUCGCUCAGCAUCCAGCACCCCAGUGGCUGGAUCCUCAACCACAGCCCCAACUGCAACACGCAGGACCACAGGUGGUCCCCUUAGGACUCAGGGCACUGAGGCCUUCCCUGGACCUCUACAGGACCAUGGUCCCAUGGAGAUGGAGACCUGCAGCCCCCAGACUGCAGCCCAGGAACAGGGCUUUUCUAGCCUAGCAGGUUCCCAGCCCCCAAGCCCCUCUUCUCUGCAGUCUGUGCGUAGAACUAUACCUGUGCUACUGCUGUACAGUAUCAGAGAGGUGGAUGACAAGUCCUCAGGGCAGGUGUUUGCUCAAAUGAACAACCUUAUGAGCAAAGGGCUCCACGAGGAAGGCUUUACAGUGCCACAGAUCAUAGAGAUGGAGUUUGACACACACGAGCAGCUGCUUCUUCAGGAUCCUCCAAUCACCUACAUUCAGCAGUUUGCUGAUGCAGCAACUAAUUUGGCAGGGCUAGAUGGCCAUGUGGACAAAUGGAGCACACUGGCUGCAGCAACUGUCUCCAACCCCCCUCGACCUGGAGCGCUAGUGCAGUGUUUGAGGCUGCCCAAACAGCUCGAAGAUGAUAAUCUUUAUGUAGACUCAAUCACACCCUGCUGGGAUGGCGUGCACCUGCUGGUCUGCCUGCAGCCAUGUGGUAAUGAAUCUCUGAGCGCUACAAACCAAGUGGAGGCUCUCAACAAUCUCAACCGCCUGCACUCUGCACUCUGCCGUCAGCAUAAAGGAGACCUCCUACACCCAGUAGCCAAUGGGGUGGAAGGCCACCACUCAGGGGGGUCACCCCCUCAGACACCUCUCAUCCUGCCCCCAGGAGACCAGCAGCAGCAGCAGCAGAGGUCCCCGAGUGGUGGGAGUGGAGGGGGCUAUCUUGCACUCUACAAGCUCAACUACACCACCCGCAUUGUCACCUUGGAUGAGGAGCCUGUGAAGGUGCAGCAGAUCUCAGACCCUCAUGAUGCCAUCACCUCUCUUAUAUUGCUUCCUCCAGAUGUGCUUGAUAGCAGGGAGGAUGAGAGUGAAGAGGCUCCUGAGGACACUCUUCCUCCCGCACCAAAAAAUGUCUUGUCUGGGUUUGGAACUGGCCUGGAAGGCUCUGCUGGCUCUGGAACUGGGACUGCAUGUGGAGCAGCCAUGACCAGCAGCAGUGCUACUGUCAUCAGUCCCUCCACCUCUUCCUCCAACCACAAAGAGUGCGGCCGGUUAGAGGUGGUAGGCCUGGGCCACCUGGUGGUAACCACCCGGGCUGGGUACAUUAUGAUUCUAGACCUGUCCACGUUGGAGGUCCUGGCCAGGGUGGAGCCACCUAAGAGAGAGGGGUCAGCAGAGGAAACAGACCCCUUUGUAUCAGUUACCUAUUGCUCUGGGACAGACCGCCUUUGUGCCUGUACCAAAGGUGGAGAACUUCAUUUCCUUCAAAUUGGAGGUGUGUGUGACGAUAUAGAUGACGGAGACAUGUUUAUUGAUGGCCCCCUUUCUAAAGGGGCUGAACUGCUGCUUGAGGGGGCCAAGCCCUCCUCCAACCCUUCUAGCCCUGGGAUCACAGGAGUGGACCUCCUGGUGGACCAACCGCUGACGACGGAGAGCCUGAUGACGCUCGUAGAGCUGACACGCUUCGAGACGUUGACCCCACGUUUCUCUGCCACAGUGCCACCAUGCUGGGUGGAGGUGCAGCAAGAGCAGCAACAGCGGCGACACCCGCAGCACCUUCACCAGCAACACCAUGGAGAUGCAGCCCAGCACACUCGCACCUGGAAGCUUCAGAGCGAUAGCUCCAGCUGGGAUGAGCAUGUGUUUGAGCUGGUGCUGCCCAAAGCCUGCAUGGUGGGCCAUGUGGACUUCAAGUUUGUCCUAAAUGCCAACAUCGCCACCAUUCCUCAGAUCCAGGUCACUUUGCUGAAGAACAAAGCUCCCGGGCUGGGUAAAGCCAGUGAGACAGCAGUGGACAGACAGAUCUCCUUCCCUCUCUCCAAAGUCCUCCACGCCAAUGGGGAGAGGAAUGGCCAGCCUCUGUUACAUGAUUUCACAGAGGACAUCCAGUUCAUGGACAUAGAGGAGACAUCAGGCUCCAUCCUGUGUCCAUUCUUAGAGGACCACAAGGAGGACAUCCUGUGUGGCCCGGUGUGGCUGGCCAGUGGGCUGGACCUCUCUGGCCAUGCAGGCAUGCUCAGCCUCACGAGCCCCAAACUGGUCAAAGGCAUGGCAGGAGGGAAGUACCGCUCCUUCCUGGUUCACAUAAAAGCAGUGAGUGACAAGGGCAUGGAAGAGAGCCCGCGGCCAGUGGUGAGAAUGCCCAGUGCCAAGCCUCAGGGCACCAAAGCCCACUCACUGUCCACCCUGCUACAACGGGCUCAGGCCUCCAAGGAGAAGGUCUUUGCAGCAAAAACAGAGACACCAGCACCCUCGAAGAAGGUAGAAAACCUGCGAGGCUGUGAUCUACUGCAAGAAGUUUCAGUCACAAUCAGAAGGUUCAAAAAGACGUCGAUACCCAAAGAAAGGGUUCAGCGCUGUGCCAUGCUGCAGUUCCCCGACUUCCACGAGAAGCUACUGGACGCACUAUGUAGGCAGACAGAGAGUAGCCUGUUCACUGAGCAUGCCCAAAGCCUUAUCCUGGAUGUCUUGUGUUGGCUGGCUGGGGUUUUCUCCAAUGGACCAUGCAGUUUAAAAGAAGGAAAGGAAGGACUGCUGGUGAAAACCCGGGCACGGCUGUCGGAUAUUGUGCGGGUGUGUUUCUUCGAAGCUGGCCGGAGUGUAGCGCACAAAUGUGCUCGCUUUCUUGCACUUUGUAUUAGCAAUGGAAAAGCAGAUCCAAGUCAACAGGGUUUUGGUGUGAGUCUUCUACAGUCUCUUCUAGACAAUAUGCCUUACUUGCCUGCAGCAGCAACAGGUGGCUCAGUGUUCUGGUACUUUGUGUUGCUGAACUAUGUGAAGGAGGAGGACCUGGCGGGCUGCAGUACUGCCUGUGCCUCGCUGCUCACUGCCAUCUCAAGACAGUUGCAGGACCGCCUCACUCCAUUGGAGGCGCUGCUGCAGACCAGGUAUGGCCUGUACAGCUCUCCAUUUGACCCAGUACUUUUUGACCUGGAGGUCAGUGGCUCCUCCUGUAAGAAUGCUUUCAACAGCAGCAUCGGAGUUCAGUCAGAUGAGAUUGACCUCUCUGACAUUCUUUCAGGAAAUGGAAAAGUGAGCAGCUGUGCAGCAGCAGAGGGCAGCUUCACAGCAUUAACAGGACUGCUGGAGGUGGAACCUUUGCACUUUACUUGUAUCUCCACUAGUGAUGGCACCCGAGUGGAGCGAGAUGAUGCCAGCAUGUUCACUGUGAGCACAUUUGGUGUGACCCCGGCAGUAGGAGGCCUGUCAACAGGAACGGUUGGUGAAGCUUCUACAGCUCUGAGUUCUGCAGCCCAGGUGGCACUCCAGUCAUUGUCCCACGCCAUGGUGUCAGCGGAGCAGCAGCUGCAGGUCUUGCAGGAGAAACAGCAGCAGCUGCUGAAGCUGCAGCAGCAGAAGGCCAAGCUGGAAGCCAAGCUGCAUCAGACCACCUCUGCUGCAGUCGCUGCCUCUGGUGUGGGGCCCAUCCACAAUUCCGUGCCUUCCAACCCAUCCUGCACGCCUAGCUUCUUUAUUCAUCCAUCUGACGUCAUCCCCCCGACACCUAAAACCACGCCCCUCUUCAUGACCCCUCCUCUCACGCCACCCAACGAGGCGGUGUCGGCAGCCUUCAAUGCUGAGCUGGCUCACUUGUUUCCUGGGUCCAUGAUAGAUCCUGGGCCCGUCAACCUGGCUGCACACAAGAACGCACAGAAAGCCAAACCGAGUCCCAUGGGCAGCGGUCUGGCUCUGGCCAUUUCCCAGGCAUCUCACUUCUUGCAGCCUCCUCCACACCAGUCCAUCAUCAUAGAGCGGAUGCACUCUGGAGCUCGUCGCUUUGUCACACUGGACUUUGGUCGUCCUGUCCUGCUGACUGACGCUCUGAUCCCAACCUGUGGCGACCUGGCCUCUCUGUCUAUAGACAUCUGGACACUGGGCGAGGAGGUGGAUGGCCGCAGGCUGGUGGUGGCCACUGACAUCAGCACCCACUCCCUCAUUCUGCAUGACCUGCUGCCACCACCUGUCUGCAGGUUCAUGAAGAUCACUGUGAUUGGACGCUAUGGCAGCACCAAUGCUCGGGCAAAGAUUCCACUAGGCUUCUACUAUGGCCACACAUAUAUCCUCCCAUGGGAGAGUGAGCUGAAGUUGAUGCAUGAUCCUCUGCGCGGAGAGAGUGAGGCAGCCAGCCAACCAGAUGUGGAUCAGCACUUGACCAUGAUGGUAGCGCUGCAGGAGGAUAUCCAGUGCAGGUACAAUCUAGCUUGCCAUCGACUGGAGACCCUUCUGCAGAACAUCGACCUGCCGCCCCUCAACAGUGCUAACAACGCCCAGUACUUCUUACGAAAACCAGACAAGGUGGUGGAGGAGGACCAGCGUGUUUUUUCAGCUUACCAGGACUGCAUUCAGCUCCAGCUGCAACUCAACCUUGCUCACCAUGCUGUACAGCGGCUUCGCGUGUCACUGGGUGCCAGUCGCAAAUUGACCCCCACAGCCGGGCCUCUGGAGGCUCCAGAGCUGGUUCACAACUCCUCCACAGAGCAGCUGAGGACCAUCAUCCGCUACCUGCUGGACACACUGCUCAGCCUGCUGCACUCCAACAAUGGCCACUCUGUGCCCUCGGUGCUCCAGAGUACCUUCCAUGCCCAGGCCUGUGAGGAGCUCUUCAAACACCUUUGCAUCAGUGGGACACCUAAGAUCCGUCUUCAUGCUGGCCUGCUGCUGGUGCAGCUCUGUGGUGGUGAGCGCUGGUGGGGCCAGUUCCUCUCAAACGUACUGCAGGAGCUUUACAACUCUGAGCAACUGCUCAUCUUUCCCCAGGACAGGGUGUUCAUGCUGUUGUCCUGCAUUGGCCAAAGAUCCCUGAGUAACAGUGGUGUGUUGGAGGGCUUACUGAACCUCCUAGACAGCCUGCUGUCUCCACUGCAGCAGCCGCAAGCUGCUGCUCAGUGCAGAACUGAAGGUGUUUUGGACAUCCCCAUGAUCAGCUGGGUAGUGAUGCUGGUUUCUAGACUGCUGGACUAUGUAGCCAGCAUAGAAGAUGAGGCUUCUGGUGGGAAGAAACACCUUAGCGGGAAAGACAGGGAGAGAACCUUCACAGGCAUCCAGUGGAGCUUCAUCAAUAACAGCCUUCAGUCUCAGAACUCCAGCAGAACCUCUAAAGGCAGCAGCAGCCUGGACCGUCUGUACUCCCGCAAGAUUCGUAAGCAGCUCGUCCAUCACAAGCAGCAGUUAAAUCUAUUGAAAGCAAAACAGAAAGCUUUGGUGGAGCAGAUCGAGAAGGAGAAGAUCCAGAGCAACAAAGGCUCCUCCUACAAACUGCUGGUGGAACAGGCCAAGCUCAAACAAGCCACAUCUAAGCACUUUAAAGACCUCAUCCGUCUGCGGCGGACAGCCGAAUGGCCUCGCUCCACAUUGGACACUGAGUCCACAACAGCCAAAGAAGCCCCAGAAGUAGAACCUCUGCCUUUCACAUUGUCUCAUGAACGUUGCAUCUCUGUGGUGCAGAAGCUGGCCCUCUUCCUCCUCUCCAUGGACUUCACCUGCCAUGCUGACCUGCUGCUUUUUGUCUGCAAGGUUCUUGCUAGGAUAGCCAACUCCACAAGACCCACAAUCCAUCUGUGUGAGGUGGUGUCAGAGCAGCAGCUCGAGCGCCUGCUUCUCCUGCUUGUGGGGACGGAUUUCAAUCGAGGGGACAUCUCCUGGGGGGGUGCCUGGGCACAAUAUUCCCUCACAUGUAUGCUACAGGACAUCCUGGCAGGUGAACUGCUGUCUCCAGGCUCUCUGGACAUCAUGGAUGAGGGGGCAGUGGGGGAUGAAGCUGGGGCUUCAUCUUCCUCGGCAGGGGCUGAUUCAGACGACUCCCUCCCUCAGCCGGCACCCAUCCCCCUGGUAGAGAGCAUUGAUGAGGCCCUGGUGCCUGAUAUCAUCGCAGGUACCUCUGGGACCCCCUCAGUAUUCCAAAGUGCUCCACCUCUGUCAUCUUUGGAAAAAGAUAAAGACAUAGACUUUGACUUGCUACAAGACCUGAUGGAUGUUGAUAUUGAUCCUUUAGAUAUUGAUUUGGAAAAAGAUCCCCUCGCUGCCAAAGUGUUUAAGCCUAUAAGCAGCACCUGGUAUGAUUACUGGGGUGCUGAUUAUGGCACAUAUGGGUACAACCCAUACAUUGGAGGGGUUGGUAUCCCUGUGUCCAAACCUCCAGUUGCUGCUGAAAAGCCUGGGUCACAGGGUCUGUCAGUCUCCGUGUCACAAGCUCUGGAUGCGCGGCUGGAAGUGGGCCUUGAGCAGCAGGCUGAACUGAUGCUCAAAAUGAUGGCAACUCUACAGGCUGACUCCAUUCUACAGGCCCUCACCUCCAGUUCAUCCACAGUGAGCCAGGCCUCCAAUGGGACUGAUGACUCCCUGCUGAGGGCUCUCCAUGGAGGGGGUUCUCCUCCUGGAAGUGGCCUGAUAAUCCAGCCCUCAUCCAUCCCCAUGCUCAGUGCCUGCUUUAACAAGCUCUUCUCCAUGCUGCAGGUCCACCAUGUCCAGAUGGAGUCUCUGCUGCAGCUGUGGUUAACACUCAGUCUUAACACGUGCUCUGGUGGCAGUGAAGAGAGUGGCUCAGACAUCUUCCUGUUUAAUGCCAGCCGGGUGCCCACCAUCCCGCUCAACCAAGCUUCCAUCAGCAGUUUCCUAACAGUGCUGGCCUGGUACCCCAACACCUCACUGAGAACAUGGUGUUUGGUGCUGCACUGUCUCACCCUGAUGACUAACAUGUCAGCCUGUGCAAACGGCAAUGGGUUGAGCUCUCAGGAAAGCACAGCUCGGCAGAUAGUGUCUGAUCCCGCCCUGGUUCACAUCCUGGUACGCUUCUUGUCCGGCACCAGCAAUAACGGAACGAGCCAGCACACCUCACAGGUGGGACCCACCGCCACCCAGGCAAUGCAUGAGUUUUUGAGCCGCCUGCAGGUGCACCUGUCCUCCACCUGUCCACAGAUGUUCAGUGAGUUCCUGCUCAAACUCAUGCACAUCCUGUCUACUGAGAGGGGUCCAUUCCAGUCAGGUCAGGGUCCACUCGAUGCCCAGGUGAAACUGCUGGAGUUUACUCUAGAGCAAAACUUCGAAGUGGUGUCAGUGGCAACUAUCUCCGCCGUCAUUGAGUCAAUCACAUUCUUGGUUCACCACUACAUCACCUGCUCUGAUAAGGUGGUUUCCCGCAGCGGCUCAGACAGUUCUGUUGGUGCCCGGGCUUGUUUUGGUGGUCUAUUUGCCAACAUCAUCCGUCCAGGAGAUGCAAAGGCUGUCUGUGGAGAGACUACCCGUGACCAACUGAUGUUUGACCUCCUCAAGCUGGUAAAUGUGCUGGUGCAGCUGCCUCUGUCUGGGGACAGAGAGUUCAGUGGGCGGCUGCCACUGGCCGGGAGCGGAGCAGCUGAUAGCAGUGUGUCAGACGAGGAGAAGGUCUGUGGCAACAAAGAAAGUGUGACUGGUGGAUCUGCAUCCAGUCAGGGUCCUCCAGCUGGUGUGGCUGACCUGGUGCUAGCCAAUCAGCAGAUAAUGAGCCAGAUAUUGUCAGCACUGGGCCAAUGCAACAGCAGUGCCAUGGCCAUGAUCAUAGGAGCCAGUGGUCUCCAUCUGACCAAACAUGAGAACUUCCAUGGUGGGCUGGAUGCCAUCUCAGUGGGUGAUGGUCUCUUCACUAUCCUCACCACCCUCAGCAAAAGGGCAACAUCGGUCCAGGUUAUGUUACAGCCCAUUCUCACAUACAUGGCAUGUGGUUACAUGGGCAGACAGGGGUCUCUUUCCACCUGUCAGCUAUCAGAGCCUCUUUUGUGGUUCAUCCUGCGUGUGUUGGAUACCAGUGAGGCUCUCAAAGCCUUCCAUGAUAUGGGUGGUGUACAGUUAAUCUGUAACAACAUGGUGACCAGCACCCGGGCCAUUGUGAACACAGCACGAAGCAUGGUGUCCACAAUCAUGAAGUUCUUGGAUUCAGGUCCUGGAAAGGCAGCGGAUGGUAACCUCAAAGCCCGAGUGAUGACUUCAGAACCAGACAAUGCAGAGGGACUCCAUAACUUUGCCCCUUUAGGCACCAUUACAUCCAGUAGCCCCACAGCGCAGCCAGCAGAGGUCCUUCUCCAGGCCACGCCCCCCCCCCGCCGAGCCCGCUCAGCAGCCUGGUCCUACAUCUUCCUGCCAGAGGAGGCCUGGUGUGACCUCACCAUCCACCUUCCAGCUGCUGUACUGCUGAAGGAGCUCCACAUCCAGCCACAUCUCGCUUCUCUAGCCACCUGCCCAUCCUCAGUCUCAGUGGAGAUAAGCGCCGAUGGGGUCAACAUGUUGCCGCUCUCCACCCCAGUCAUCACAAGCGGCCUGACUUACAUAAAGAUCCAGCUUGUGAAAGCAGAGGUUGCCUCGGCUGUUUGCCUGAGGCUGCACCGGCCUCGUGACGCAAGCACCCUGGGUCUGUCUCAGAUCAAACUUUUGGGUCUGACAGCAUUUGGUAACACCUCCUCUGCAACUGUCAACAACCCCUUUCUGCCAUCUGAGGACCAAGUUUCUAAAACCAGCAUUGGGUGGCUGCGUCUACUCCACCAUUGCCUAACCCAUGUCAGUGACCUGGAGGCCAUGAUGGCCAGUGCUGCGGCACCCACUGCCAACCUGCUGCAGACAUGUGCGGCACUGCUCAUGUCACCUUAUUGUGGCAUGCACUCACCCAACAUUGAAACAGUGCUAGUGAAGAUUGGCCUGCAGUCAACUCGCAUUGGACUCAAACUCAUCGACAUUCUGCUGAGGAACUGUGCCGCCUCUGGCACUGACCCUGCCAAUCUGAACAGCCCUCUACUGUUUGGGCGUCUAAAUGGCCUCUCCUCGGACUCCACCAUUGACAUUCUGUACCAGCUGGGCACCACACAGGACUCUGGAACGAAAGACAGGAUCCAGGCUCUCCUUCAGUGGGUUCAUGACUCUUCACGGGUAGCAGCCCACAAGAUGAGCGGCCCAAUAGCAUACACCAGGGCCUGCGCUGCCUCGUCGUCGGCUUCUUCAAGGGAGUAUGGCCUCCUCAUGCCUUCCCCCUCCCACCUCCACUGUGUGGCGUCCAUCCUGUGGCACAGCUACGAGCUGCCUGUUGAUUAUGACCUUCCUGCGCUGCUCAACAGAGAGCUCUUUGAGAUGCUGUAUAACUGGUCCAUGUCAUUGCCUUGCAACAUUGUGUUGAAGAAGGCUGUAGACAGUCUCCUGUGCUCCAUGUGUCACAUUCACCCCAGCUACUUCUGCCUGCUUAUGUCUUGGAUGGGGAUUGUCUCAGUGCCCAACCCCAGCCACUCUCAAGGCCAGCACCACCGCCUCGCCAUGACUGACGACAGCAAAAAGCAGCAUGAUGCCAAUGCCAACACUGCAGGACUUUCAGACAGUUUUAAGCAUAUGAGACCUCCAGUUAAUCUGUCUGAGUCCCAGUUGACCACAUUGGCAGCUGCCUCUCAGUCUCCAGGAGCCACAGAGCAGCUGCUGGACUCAGGCCUACCUUCUCUGUUGGUUCGCAGCUUGGCCCAGUUCUGUGUUGGCCUCUUGGCCAGCGCUGACCUCCCUCUGCCUGCUGUUCAGGCUGAGAGACGACACUACCAUCACCACUACCACUCAUGCUCCUCAUCCUCACAGGGUAGGCCGCAUCUGGCUGCAGAGCUGGCUGCUCCAGUGCUGCGUUUCCUCACAGAAGUAGGCAACAGUCACACCAUGAAAGACUGGUUAGGAGGACCAGAGGUCAACCCAUUGUGGACAGCAUUGCUGUUCUUGCUGUGCCACUCCAGUGCUACUGCUAGUGCUGGAGCCAGUGCAGGCGGUCAGGCUCUGAACGCUGGAUCUGCAGCAGGUGCCCCUCCACCACAGCCUCAGCCUUCGGGGUCACGCUUUUCUCUGGCAUCUUCUGGACAAGCAGGAGGGCUCACCACCCAGCAGAGGACAGCUCUGGAAAACGCCACUGUGGCCUUCUUUCUUCAGUGUAUCUCAUGUCACCCCAACAACCAGCGGCUCAUGGCACAGGUUCUCUGUGAGCUCUUCCAGUCUGCACCCCAGCGAGCCAACGUGCCGAUCUCUGGAAACAUCUCAGGCUUCAUUCGAAGGCUUUUCCUGCAGCUCAUGCUAGAGGAUGAAAAGGUCACAGUCUUCCUACAGUCUCCCUGUCCGUUAUACAAAGGCCGCAUUAAUGCCACCAGCCACAUGAUACAGCAUCCCAUGUACGGAGCAGGCCACAAGUACCGCACUCUCCAUCUUCCCAUCUCCACCACUCUAGCUGAAGUCCUGGACCGAGUGUCUGACACACCCAGCAUUACAGCCAAGCUGAUCAAUGAGCAGAAGGAGGACAAGGAGAAGAAGAACCACGAGGAGAAGGAGAAGAUGAAAGCGGACAAUGGCUUCCAGGACAACUACAGUGUUGUUGUGGCCUCAGGUUUAAAGUCCCAAUCCAAACGGGCUCUUUCAACCCCUCCCAGACCUCCAUCAAGGAGGGGUCGCGUAAUGAGUGAUAAAUUGACUGCUUCAUCUGGUGUGGACCCCUCAGCCAAAACCAUUAGUGUGCCCGUCUUCCACCUUUACCACAAGCUGCUUCCAGGUCAACCCCUUCCACCUGAGAUGACCCUGGCGCAGCUACUGACACUGCUGUAUGACCGCAAACUGCCACAAGGCUACCAGUCCAUCAACCUGACAGUCAAACUGGGCUCCAAAGUCAUCUCUGAUCCCGGCCUUUCCAAGACCGACUCCUUUAAGAGGCUACGCACUGAGAAAGGCUGCAUACAUGGCAGACUGCUACACCGACCCAACAGUGAAAGAAGCAUGCUGAAGGACCAGUUUAUUGAUCACUGUGACAUGCUGAACAGCUGUUCUGAGGAUGAACUGAUGACAGCCAGCGAAGAAUGUCUGGACGCUACCACUGACGAGUCCCUGCUGGACACCAACCCUAUCCAAUCACCACUCCAGGUGUUUGCAGGCAUGGGUGGCCUGGCCCUCAUUGCUGAGAGACUGCCCAUGCUCUACCCUGAUGUCAUUCAGCAGGUCAGUGCCCCGGUGGUGCCCUCAGCUGCACUGGAGAAGCCCAAGGACAGUGACCAGUUUGAGUGGGUAACCAUCGAGCAGUCCGGUGAGCUGGUGUAUGAGGCACCGGAGUCCAUCGCCGCCGAGCCGCCGCCCAUCAACAAGCAGCAGUCCCAGUCGUCCUCAUCAUCCUCGUCCUCAGUGCAGCCCAUGUCACCCAUCCCUGCCCACUCACUGGCAGCUUUUGGCCUGUUCCUGCGUCUGCCAGGCUAUGCAGAAGUGCUGCUGAAGGAGAGGAAGCAUGCACAGUGUUUGCUGCGCCUGGUGCUCGGUGUCACGGACGAUGGAGAGGGCAGUCACAUCUUACAGUCUCCGUCAGCCAACGUGUUGCCCACACUACCUUUCCAUGUCCUGCGCGCGUUGUUUAGCAGCACUCCACUGACCACUGAUGAUGGUGUGCUUCUGCGCCGCAUGGCUCUGGAGAUUGGCGCUGUCCACCUCAUCUUGGCUUGUCUGUCAGCUCUCAGCCACCAUGCCCCACGCAACCCCAAUGCCAGCACUAGUGUCUCUGAGCCUCAGAUAUCCUCUUGUCACAGUGGGGGGACCAAUGAGGAGCAGCAGUUGUACUGGGCUAAAGGAACUGGUUUUGGUACUGGAUCCACAGCCUCAGGCUGGGAUGUAGAGCAGGCCCUCACCAAACAACGGUUAGAAGAGGAACACGUCACCUGUCUACUGCAGGUCUUGGCAAGCUACAUCAACCCAGCAGGCUCCAGUAGCUGCCAAAGUACUGAUGCUUCUUCAGCAGAUAGCAGAGCCCACAACAGCUCAGCCCUGCCAGCAGUGCUGCAGGAGCUGCUGAGCCAGUCCUGCCUCAUUCCUGCCAUGUCGUCCUACCUACGCAAUGACUCAGUUCUGGAUAUGGCACGCCAUGUGCCUUUAUAUCGGGCACUACUGGAACUGCUGAGGGCCAUUUCCACCUGCACAGCCCUGGUCCCUCUGCUGCUGCCUCUGUCAGGAGACCCUGCUCAGGAUGAGGAGGAAGAGGAUGAAGAACGCUCUGAGGGACAGACUUCUGUUGGUAUGCUGCUGGCCAAGAUGAAGACAUGUGUGGACACAUACACCAAUCGCCUCAGGUCAAAGAAAGAUAAGAGUAAAGGUGUGGUGAAGACAGACACCUCAGAUCCAGAGCCUGAGGGUCUGACUCUGCUGGUGCCUGACAUUCAGAGGACAGCUGAAAUAGUCUACGCUGCUACUACCAGCCUACGCCAGGCCAACCAGGAGAGAAAGCUGGUAGAGUCUUCAAGAAAGGUGUCAAGCCGGCCUAAGCCCCUUUCCAUCCUACGCUCUCUAGAGAUAAAAUACGUCACUGCCAUGAAGAAGCUGCAAUUUGACACCUUUGAAAUGGUCUCAGAGGAUGAGGAUGGGAAGCUUAUGUUCAAGGUCAAUUACCACUACAUGUCUCAAGUGAAGAACGCCAGUGAAGCAAACAGUGCGGCUCGAUCCCGCCGCCUCGCCCAGGAGGCCGUCACCCUGUCCACCUCUCUCCCCCUGUCAUCCUCUUCCAGUGUCUUUGUUCGCUGUGAUGAGGAAAGACUGGACAUCAUGAAGGUUCUCAUCACAGGCCCAGCUGACACCCCGUACGCCAAUGGCUGCUUUGAGUUUGAUGUGUAUUUUCCCCAAGACUAUCCCAACUCGCCUCCAUUGGUCAACCUAGAGACCACAGGCGGACACAGUGUGCGCUUUAAUCCUAACCUCUACAAUGAUGGCAAAGUAUGUUUAAGUAUCCUCAACACAUGGCAUGGGAGACCAGAGGAGAAAUGGAACCCACAGACCUCAAGCUUUUUACAGGUGCUAGUGUCGGUGCAGUCCCUCAUCCUGGUGGCUGAGCCCUACUUCAAUGAGCCAGGGUAUGAGCGGUCCCGUGGGACUCCCAGUGGCACCCAAAGCUCACGGGAAUAUGAUGGUAACAUCAGGCAGGCCACUGUCAAAUGGGCCAUGCUGGAGCAGAUGCGCAACCCCUCGCCAUGCUUCAAAGAGGUGAUUCACAAACAUUUCUACCUGAAGCGAACUGAGAUCAUGUCUCAGUGUGAGGAGUGGAUCACAGACAUCCAGCAGUACAGCAGUGACAAAAGGGUCGGCCGCACCAUGUCCCAUCAUGCUGCUGCGCUAAAGAGACACACAGCUCAACUUAGAGAGGAACUUCUGAAGCUGCCCUGUCCCGACGGCCUUGAGCCAGAUGGUGAUGAGUUCUCAGAGAAGAGCGCCACCCUCAUCCUCAAAGAGCUGCCCGGUCAGGACGCAGAGAAGCCCGGCAGCAGUCAGGACAGCCACUGCAGCGGGGGCCAGCUAUGAGUCCCCGCCCCUCCGGCCCCUUCCUAUUGCCCCACAGCAUCUCAGACCCACCCACUGUCCUCUUUCUGAUUAUCACUCUCCAAAAAAACUUCAUGGCUUCAGAGCACAAGCCACCACUUUGUUCAUAAUUGUAUGUAAAGAUAUAAUGACAGAAUAGCAGAGAAUGAGGAGAUGCAGGGAAACGGAACACAGUGAGACGAACUCUGAACUAUGCUAUGCCCUUAUUGAAAACAGUCAACAAAAACUUUUAUUUACUUGUAAAAGAGUGUAAACAUUUUGUGCUUUUUUCCAAAUGUGAAAUAACCACUGAUUGGUAUGUUAUUACACUUGUUUAUGUAUACAUAAAGGAAGAGGAAAAUGAAUUAUAUAAGGGAACUACCUUUAGAGAAGAAUGUUUACUGAAUGUUAAUUUGUUUUUGUUUUUGUUUUGUUUUUUGACUGUUAGAAUGAGAACUGUUGUAACCAAGGAUAUAUUGGUCAUUCUUUAAAGAUACUAUUUUAAACAAAAAAGAGCAAGAAAAAGCAAACACACACACACACACACACACACACACACACCAAACAAUCUGGUCGUCUGUUGCUGAAUUUCUCUCGGAUCAUAUCCACUUGAAUAAAAGCUGAGAUGGACCUUCUUAAUGCUAUGUUAUCCUUUUACAGACUACAAAUUAAAAAGCACCGAGCUCUGGCUAAACAUUUCUUGCCUCUUCAAACUUCUCCAUGACAUUUACUAUCCACUCAACUGUAGAUCAUGACACUGUGUGUCAGAGCCACAUGGGAAAUGUAUUCUGAAGGCUUGUGCAUGUGUUUUCUGUGCGUGUGCAACAAUCCCCAGUGAGAUACAAAGCUGUGAUGUGCCUUUGAUCUACAUCAUACCACCAAAUACUCCGACAGAGUACCUUUACUGAUUUCUUUGCUGUUUCUACAAAAUUAAGAGUUCUGCUCCUUCUGACAUAAAAACUGCUUUGAACUUUUUUAUUAUGUUGAACUCCAAUGAACAAAGAAAUGCACUUUCUAUUUUACUCACUCCUUAAAACAGUCACAUACUCGUUUUGCUCGGACAUUAAAUGGAGCUUGAAAGUC